AUGGACAGGUUAAGAAAUAAGGUGCUUACAUACUUUGAAGAGAAGGGUUGUAGAUUUCCCAAAAAUUCAGGGAAAGGAGCUUCCUCAUUCGUAUCAAGGUUGUGUGACAUUUUAUUUUAUGUUGAUGGUCAAUAUAGUAAAAUAGAGGCUGUAAUAUACAGAGAAAACUUGAUUCCUGCAAUUUUUAAACAAAAGUUUACCAGUUUUAAUUGUCCUCACCAAUCAAAACACAAGAAGAGAACACUUAGUAACCUUUCUGAAAAGAAAUUGGAAAGUUAUGCCAUCCAGAUGCGCGAAAUAAUGCAAGGACAACAUUAUCUUGAUCAUGUCAUGCCCUGGACAGAGAUUAAGGUGCAAAUUGUUAGGUAUUGAUGGUAUUGUUGUCAACUUAUGUCAUCUUCCACUGCAGAAGGAUUCAUGUCAGGGUUUCUUUGGUGAAACAGAUCGUUACUUAUUGGAAGAAAUUGGUGUUGCCGUCCAAGAACGACGACAUGGCCAACAAGCUCUAUCAGGCAAAAGCUAUAAGUUUAAAAGAUCUUCAUGA